AUGUCCACACUACCUGUCAUGCAGGCAAAGCUGGUACUCCUCGGCGACAUGGGUGCUGGCAAGUCUUCCUUGGUGCUUCGAUUCGUGAAAGGUCAGUUCUUCGAGUACCAGGAGUCCACCAUCGGCGCAGCGUUCCUCACGCAGACGGUGUCUGUGAGCGACGCAACGGUGAAAUUCGAAAUAUGGGAUACGGCAGGACAAGAGCGUUAUCACUCUCUGGCGCCCAUGUAUUACCGCGGUGCCGCCGCGGCCAUCAUCGUGUAUGAUAUUCAGAGCCCGAGCUCGUUUGAACGCGCAAAAAGCUGGGUUAGAGAGCUGCAGAGACAGGGCAACGCUAACCUAGUCAUGGCUCUGGCGGGCAACAAGGCUGAUAUCGCGGAGAAGGAGCCGGAGAAGCGCAAGGUUGACGCGGACGAGGCGCAGGCGUAUGCGGACGAAAACGGGCUCUUCUUCAUGGAGACAUCCGCCAGGACGGCAGCAAACGUCAACGACCUCUUCUAUGAAAUUGCGCGGAAGCUGCCCAGGGCUGAGCCGCCCACACCCGCGGCGGCGGGAGUCACGCUCAGCGCCCAGAGGCAGUCCCAGCGGCCAAAAAGUCAGUGUUGCUGAUUGGACCAACGCGGACAGCAGCUGUGGACCUGGCCGAAGUGUACCAGUACUCCUAGAAAAUUCCCAAUUGACUUUAACUACUUCUGCUAAAC